AGUUGGUGUUGAACCAACAAAAUGAGACUUUCCAUCGCGGCUUCUAUCUAUUAUGUCGGCUGAUUAAAUACAACAGUGAGAAGGAAACAUCAAACGUACUGUAUAGCCGUGCAGCGAGUGACAUUCUGCAACCGCCGCGGCUCCACGCUGACUGUGUGAAAUGAGGUUGUGAGUUGAAAUGUUUGACUUUCAAAUGAAUAACAUUCUACCCCUUCAUUGUGCGGCGGCAGCUUACUCUGUCAAACCCAUAUGGAAUUAUGAGUGAUGAGUCAAGCUGACUGAUAGGACUGGUUGUACCUGUUUAUACCACAGCAACUCAUGCGUAGAACGUCUUUGAAUUUUCCCCUCUGCGGAAUCCAGAACAGCCAGACACUCUCACUUUGCAUAUAGUCUUCGUUUUUGAUUUACUUACUUCACUGCGAAAAGCUUCAGUUCAAGCAAGAAAACCACAUUUUCAUUAGCGUUUGUUUCUUUUCUAAACUCCACCAAGAUAUGUGACAUUCUGUCCCAUUGUAAACACAGACUGCAUAUGUACACUAAAGAAUCCAGUCUGGCAGAACACUUUGCGAGGCUGGUCUGGAUUUGCUGUUAGUCACUGCCAGUAUACCGUUUCCGGAUCUGGGGGAAUGUUUUGCUUACCGGUGACAUGAAAUGAAAAAUACAAAGAAAUGAGGUUGUAAAGCUUCUCAAAAACCUGAAAGAGAAAAAACAAAAGAUAUAACUCCUGCCGAUUGGGUUUGUGUGGCCGCUGUGGUGCAGUGGCUCCUGAAAGGGAGGGGCGGUAUAGGACAAAGGGAUGUACAAGCACAUGUUCACUCAGGUCUCAUCAUACAUAGCAUUGUAAAUAGGUGUGGUUCCUAUCAAGGAAGGAAUGGAUUUCCCUUCUCUACGAGCAUGGUUCAGAAACAUUUACCUCGGUAAAGAAAAUGUCUUUUUUUUCCUUCAGAAACGUUGCGAAGAAGCUUAUAUUCACAUUAGGUAUUUUUUAAAUGAUACUCCAACCUUUAAAAAGUUCCAAGGGGCGAGGAGUUGCAAAACUAAUCCAGCCUGCCUUCAGUGCAAAUAAGAAAUUGCAUUUGUGUGUUUCCCUUUUCAAGCUGCCCUGAUUAAACACACACUGCAUUCUCAUAUGUCAGCAAGGGAUGUCGAGCCUGCGGAUCAUGAACCCACUUAGAGUGAAAAUGAGCUGACAGCGGAAUCAGAAAAAGUAAACUUGUGGUAAAAUAGAAGCCGCGGUGAGAGAAGUGGAUCCACGGGCAGGUCAGAGAAAGGCGAUGGCACAGACGACAACACGUUUUCUCUUCGUUCUCUGUGCUCGAAUGUGACAAGUUAAGAAUAUUGUUUACAUGAUUGACGGUGUGACUGUUUGAACAUGUCUGACGUUUGUCUGUUUAACCUCCGCCAACAGAGUUUCAAUGCUCCUCCACGUUCUAAGAUGAAGUUAUGGAAAGGUGCUACUUUUGCCUUCAUGCUCUGCGGCGCCGCCCUGUCCAUCCUCCUCGUUAGAAACACGGCCACGAUCGGACGGUUCAAACCGAAGACGAAAUACCCGUACACGUCUUCAUCCUCGACGAGACCGACCUCGCGAUCGUCAUCCAAGACCUCAUCCUCAGCCGAAUUGACAGGGUUGUCCCGGCAAUCGGCUGGUCCUCAUCGGAGAAUUCGCUCAGCGGACGAGAUGAACUCUCUCCUCUCAGAGUUUUCCAUGAUGUUCCAGAGCUUCACCGAGGGCGAGCUUCAGCACGUGGUGGAAACCUUGCUCGACAGGAAGAGAAGGAAGCGACUGGGGGAGAACCAGGCCCGAAGGACUAAGAGAGCCCGGAGGCCGAAGCCCUGCUCUCUGAGGGAGCUGGAGCUGACCGUGAGCGAACUGGGUCUGGGCUACGAGAGCGACGAGACAGUGAUGCUGCGCUACUGCAGCGGCAAAUGCGCGGCCCACCGGCACAACUACGACAUCACCAUGGAGCACAUGAUGCGGAUCGGCUUCAGGAAGAAGGGUCGCAAGGACAAGGUGAGCAUCAAACCCUGCUGCCGACCCACCGCUUUCGAAAAGGACUUCUCCUUCCUGGACAACAAGAGCCGCUAUCACACGAUACAGAACGUCUCGGCGAAGAACUGCGGGUGUGCGUGACCCAGAGGAACGGACUCGUUCGUGCUGCUCCCGGCCUCUGUCGGAAGAGUUGAACAUGAAUGCCGUUGAAAGACAAACCGUGGAAUAUAAACUUGAGAAAGGCAGACGUGACUCAUUUUAGCCGUCUGUCGAUGCAAAUCGGAGCCGAGUCCCAAUGGAAGCGCCGUGUGUAUGCAGGUGCCACGCAGAGAGACAGACAAUGACUGUUCCUAUCCCAAAAUGAUUUUGUUAUCUUUUCUAUCUGUCUAGUAACACUGUAAACUGUGGUGCAACAACAAUGAAGCAACGUUAUGUUCGUGAUGUUACAUUUGAGUGGAAGUAUGCUACAUGGGAUAGAUGAGCCAUGAGGGACUGUUGCUGUUACUACACUUUGUAUCCAUGAGAUUUCACUUCAGGAAGUCCAAUUCUUGUCGUUCACAUGAUAAGUAUGGUGACAGUAUAUCACCUUCCAGGCAAAAAAAACAUACAUUUCAAAGCCAUAAAUAAAACUAAAUACCUUUAAUUAAUCUAUGUUUACUUUAGGAUCUGACAGACUAUUGGCCCGUUGACCCUAAAGCGAUGUCUAGUGACCAGCAGAAGGUAUGUGGACUUAAAGGUGUUUUAAGUGGCUGUUAUCAGGGGUCAUGACCUGUGACCUGUCUCCGUGCUCGUAUUGCUGUUACUGCUUGCAGUGUUAUUACACAGGUAAAAGAGUAACUGUCAUUGAUAAGAAUUUGACAAGAAAAGAAAAUCCUUUUCAAAAGCUCCAGGUUUGACACCCAAUUUUAAUGAUUGUGUAUAUCAAUGUUGUGUUGAUUAAUGAUGUUUCAAAACAUACUUUGUCACUUGGGUCAUAGAACAUGAAAAUGGAUCGCAUCUGCUCUGCAAAGAAUAACUUAUCACACGCAAAGAAAUUGUCAUUUUGAGUCUUUUUAUACUUUCCCCAAAUAACCCAUUAUUGUAAUUACCCAUAAUCCUCUGGAAUUAUGUUCCUUAAAGAUAUGCCAAAACACACAGUCAAUUCAACACGCAUGACGACAUCUCAAACAUAUACAUCUACUGUCUCAAGUUGCAGGCGAUAUAACCUCUUUAACGCUGUCUCUGGGUGUAAUUUAUGAACGUUUACACUUUUAGCUAAUCUGAGGCUCAAGUGUGAAAGAGAAAAAUGGUUUUAGUGAUGUGUAGUGGCAUGUUUUUUUCUCGCCGACAGAAAACUAUGACGUAGAGUCUAGAUCUGGAAAUGUGUUUGCACCCAUCCAUGAAACCUGCAAUCAGAAGCCCACAGCACAGCCUUCUACUGGCCCGAAGAAUGCCUCCUCGUUGUUUUGCCUGCUCGAAUUUUAGGGGAAAAUAAGCUGUUUGAGUGAAUUAUGAAGCAUCUUUUUCACCUUUGACCAUCUUUAUGUGGUCGAACCCAUGGAAACUGUUUGCCUGAAGUACAAUAAAGUAUGUUUUUGUUUUGUUUCUCCUGAGGAUGUGCAGUGUUGGGGCGUGGAUGCGGUGCAUCUUUAUUGUAGUUUAUAUUGUAUUUAUUUGGGAAGUAAAUUAUGGUCUUGCAUAUUUAUUUAGAUUACCACACAGAAACGGGACAGCUUAUUAUCAUUAAGCAACUGUGCCAAAAAAUGUUUUAUCUAACAUUCUAUAUUGACUGCUGAAUAAACAUAAUUUCAGAGGUU